AUGGGAUCUAAGAGAUUGACAGAGAGUAAGAGUUUGAAAGUAUCUGAAGAAUCGCGACGUUCAGAGGAAGUGGAGUUGGCUACGACAGGUUCGUCUAUGUCUUCUACAAGUUCUGAAUCGUCGUCAGAGGAGGACUCUAGUUCUUCUGAAGAUUCUUCUUCUAGCGAUAGUGAUAGUGAGAGUUCUUCGAGUAGUGGAUCAUCUAGUGAGAACGAAUCUGCUAAUGGCUCGAGCAGUAGUUCUAGUGACAGUGAUUCGAGCUCCAGCUGCAGCGACAGCGAUUCAAGCGAUUCCAGCUCCAGCUCCAGCUCCAGCUCCAGCUCCAGCUCCAGCUCCAGCUCCAGCGACAGCAGCUCCAGCGACAGUAGCUCCAGCGACAGCGAGUCUAGCGAUUCCAGCGACUCCAGCGACGAAGUCUCCAAUGAUAAUGAAAACCGCAAGAGACAUGCUGAGACCGGCUCGGAAUCAUCUUCCAGCUCAUCGAGAACUGCAUCUCCUGAUCUUCACGAGCCUUCAAAAAAGAAGCAGGCCAUCUCUGGCGAAGAAGCGUUAAAACCUGGUCAACGUAAUCAUUUUUCCAGAGUUGAUAGAUCGAAAGUCAGUUUCGAGGAUUCGACACUAACAGACAACACCUAUAAAGGAGCUGCAGGUACCUGGGGUGAAAAAGCUAACGAAAAACUAAGCAAAGUGAGAGGAAAAGACUUUACUAAGAACAAGAACAAAAUGAAGCGCGGUGCUUACAGAGGUGGUUCCAUCACGCUGUCCUCUGGUUCUUACAAGUUCACUGACUAA